UAAGGCUUUACUGGUAGGCUCGUUAGCAGAAAACAGUAGUGAUGGUACCUUGAGAGCUUCUGACUUUGUAAAAACCUCUGAGUUUCAUUACCAUGCAACAAAUUUUGCCCCUGAUGUAUCUUCAGAAAAUCUACAAAAGCAUCUAAAGAAAUUUGCUCCAAAUGUAAGGGUUCAAAAACUGAACUCACGAAAUCCCCAAAAAUACUCUUCAUUUAAGAUAUCUCUGCCAUCUCUUGAAUCUGAGGCUAUCAUGGAUAGUAAAAUUUGGCCAUAUAAAGUUUUUCUUAAUCGGUUUUUUCCAUCUAGGAAAUUUAAGCCACAAACAGAUUAGCGUUCCUUUAAAUGAUUUGCAUAUUUCGCAUUUGUCUGAAGUUAAUAGGUGUUCCGUACUUCACAUCAACGUUCAAAGCCUAGCUAAUAAAACAGAUGAACUACAACUAUAUUUAAAUAAACAAAAAAUUGACAUUUUAUGUAUCUCAGAACACUGGCUCCCAUAUCCCCAUUUAGGCCUCAUAAAAAUUAAUGGAUAUAACCUAGUUUCAUCCUUCUGUCGCGAAGAAGGAAAACAUGGUGGGGUCGCGAUCUACUCAACUACAAAUGUUAAUGUAACAAAUGUUGAUUGCUCGAAGUUUUCUGUAUCCGUCCACGCGGAAUUUUGCGGAGUUGAAAUUGCCAAUGAAAGCAGUGUUUUAAUCACGACAUACAGGUCAUCUAGUAAUGGCGACGUGAACAUUUUUAAAGACAAAUUACAUAGAUUGUUAUUUGAUAUGUCUAAAAAAUAUAAAUUUAUAAGUGUGCUGGGCGAUCUCAAUUGUGACCUUGAUGGAAAUACGGAACACGCUAAAGAUAUUCGUAAUUUUGCAGCAAUGUAUGGUUUACGACAUUUUAUUCACGUUCCCACACGCAUCACACCUACAUCCAGAUCAAAGCUUGACAACAUAUUAAGUAAUAUACACCCUUACGAAAUUUCAACUGGAACUGUAGAUUUGGAUAUAGCUGAUCACUGUGGUAUUUAUAUGACUAUUAAUAAUAAAAAAACUAAUAAUAGUAUCAAACAUACAAGGCGUAAUAUAAAUUCGAGAACUUUAGAAAAUUUUGCGAAAUCUAUUUUAGAUAUAAAUUGGAGUGAUCUGAAACUUGAGCUCUUACAAGCUAAUGAGAUGUGCAAAAAAAUAUUGGAAAUUUUUAAAGACAACACCGACAGCUGCUUUCCCACUAAAUACUGCCAGAUCCGAAAUAAAGGG